CAGGAUACUAUAGCUAAAAUUAAUUAGUAUCUACUCAACUGCAAGAGAACUAAGGAAGUUGAGCACACGUGAAAAAAUCAAUCGUGAUAACAAUGGAGUCAUUAUUGCAAGAAGAACUGCCAGAAAUUGUGAGCAACGGUGCGUUCGGAAAAAAUCUCAAAUAUGUUUCAUUCGAAUUAAACAAAAAUCAAGUCGGGCAAGAUCAAUACAUGUCAACGGUAUUAUUUGGUACAGUGACCACAUCUGAUGAAUCAAAAUAUCAUGUUGUGAUCAAGUUAAAACUUCGUGAUGAGAAAAUGAGAGUUCACUUUAAAAUCGACAUUCAAUUUCAAAACGAAAUUGCUAUGUAUGACAGAGUUAUACCAUUCUUAUUUGAAUGCCAUCGCUCUAUAAAAGGUGAAGUCUCGGACUGUCCCAUAUUACCUCGAUUUUUCUUCGGUCGUAAUAAAUGCGGCGAAUUUGCUGAAAAAGAUUUAAUAAUAUUGGAGAACGUUGCUCCUUUGGGAUUCAAAUUGAGCAAAGAGCGUCUGUUUAUAGACUACGAUCACUUCGUAAUUGCGUUACAAGCAUUGGCCAGGUUUCAUGGGUUGUCAUACAUAGCGAAACACAAAGACCCCGACCACUUACGAAAAAUUGUCAUGGAGAUUCGUGACACACAAUUUGACAAGGAUGGACAGUGGAUAUUAAAAGACAACUUGUUGAGUAAAUUUGGUAAGAGAGGUGCCGACCGCCUGCUUGAUCGUAGCGGUGACCUUUACCGGGAAAACGAACAUUUUCGACGGUUUAACGAGCUCACCGAAGACUCGAAUAACUCGAUUAGACGUGCACUGGUUCCCCGAGAACCGUUUUCCGUCGUGUGCCACGGGGACUUCAACCGGAAUAAUGUGUUGUUCCGUUACGAGGAGGAACUUCCGGUCGAUGUGUUGCUGUUUGAUUUCGGGACGCCUCGUUACGGUUCGCCAGCGUUAGAUCUGUCGUUUUUCUUGUACAUGAACACGACUCAAAGUUUGCGUGAAAGUCGGUGGGACGACUUACUGAACGUGUACUGCUCGACGUUGGCAGAAUUCGUACCGUCCGGUAUCCGCGUGCCAAACAGGGAUGAACUGGACUCCGAAAUGGCCACCUGUGCCUUAUUUGGACUCUCGCAUGCGUUGUUUUUCUUACCCCAUCAGUUAGAUGCUGAUAGCACCUUAAACUCAGAAAUUGAUGAAGAUGAACAAAUACGGAUCUUAUUGAAUAAGGGCGGUGACGCUGGAACAGAUCUCGUGGCUGACCUAGUCCAACACAUUGUCGACAUGAAAUUCACGAACGUGUGACUUGGAUUUUUGGUUGCUCAUUAUUAUUCGGUGAAUUUUAUGUUUCCGCGAUGUUCAGUUAAAGCAUUUAAUAAGUAUAAUAUUUCUAUGAUUAUUUAUGUUGUAUUUAAUAUUUUAAUUAAGGCCAUUAAUCUUCGUGUUGACGUAAGUAAAUAGAUAUAAAAUAUAAAUACAUGGCAUACGACUUUGAGUUAUUAAUAUAAUCUGGGAUAAUCGAAUAAUUGUCGGAGACCACAGAACAGCUAUAAUUUUACCAUUGUAAUAAAACGGUGUCGACUCUAGCGAAGUACCUCUUAUCUCGGGGUCUUAGUAGGAGUACGUAUGUAAAUAAUACAGUUUUGUGAUUGUUUUAUUUAAAAUAAAAUGUUAUUUCCGCCUAUAUUAA